GCUUGCAGCCGUAACGCAUGGAGCGGCAACGGAAGAGAGCGGCCACGCCAGAGGCGAGCAGCCGGGUGAAGUUGUCACAACUUGCCUCACCUACCUGCAGAUCUUCGCGUCCUUUCUCUUCUUCGACACGAAAGGAACGAUGACGGCCCGUGUGCUCGGUGCUGUUCUGCUUGUCGCUCUCGCUGGCGUCGCCACCUGCGACUUCGUCCGCAAACUUGCACCUCGUGAGUGGCAAGCCAAUCACAUGGAGUGACUCAUGGGUCUUUGCUUAUGGGCUCCGUGUCUGCUUGUCGUGGUGCGUGUCUGUGCCUUCACCCAUGGCUGCAGGUGAUGAGCCUGCAUCGGUCUGCCCAGAUCCCGUGUAUCGUACCACAAUCCUCGACGUGAAGAACCUCAACCUCAAUGACAUCUUCGAGAGUACGGCAAACAGUGUCGUCAACGCCACCCUCCCUGCGGGCAAGUGGAAGCCAAAGGUACGCACUCACAUAUACGCACACGGCCGUGUGUCCGUGCAUGGCCGGCGGGAUGCACACGACGCAUGUUGAAUCGAGUCAGUCGAGCGUCUGUGUCGUGUGUCAUAACGUCUCAGGGUGAGGUCGCACAGACGAGGGGUCCGUCGUCCUGCAGGCGUUCUCGCGAUGACGAUGAUAACGAUGAUAAUGAUGACGAUGAUGAUAAUGACGAUAAUGGUGGUGGGAUCAUAGGGGAUCCCAUUAUGGUGAAUUGCUUCGGAUGGUAGGCGCUUGGUCGACCCGGGCUGUUGAGAUGCCCGCCUUCAAUUCGACGCACAUCCACAUGCUGUGUGUGACAUGGCCUGCUCUCCUCUUUCAGUUGGUGCUAUGACGAAGCCAAUUGGCUGUGUGUCGAGCCGUGCAUCGAGGUCGAGGGUCCCAGAAUUUCGUGCACAGUGCGCUGGUGCACCCCAAAAUGAUUCUGAAUGCACGCAAUUCCGAGUACAGAUGGAUGAGGCCGCUGGGGGUCAUGUACGGUCAGUUUUUCGGUGCAUACGGUGUGUGUUGUCGUGCAGUCAUAUGUGCGUCCUUGCCUGUCUUCCUGACUGUCACUCAUGCCGUGAAUGCUGGUGCUAUUCUUCAAGUGGAGAUCGGCCGACUGACGAGGGUAUUUUUCGUCGCAUCGAAGGAGUGCCCUGUGUGUUGUGUUUCGUCAUGUGUGUGGUGCGGAUGCCUGUCAGCGACUCGGCCCAUGUCAGUCACUGUAACUGAGUGCCUCAGUGGCUGGCUGACCGACUGUCCUUGGUGUGCAUCAUGCAGACGGUAGGUAGAUAUCCAUCUGUCUAUAUCUCGAACGAGUAGGUCUGAUGCACACAUGACAAUGAUGACAUGUGCGGCAGGCAUCUAGGUAUCGAAAUUAGAGAUGUCUUGUGCGGGGCGGGAUGGACUGACCGUGGGUGGGUGGGGCGCUGCUGCACCUGAUUGAGCAGCCACGUAGACGUGUGUGAGGGGGACAGAGACACAGAGAUGGUUGGUUGCGUCGGACAAGCGAAUGAGACCAGUCGUAAGAUUGACGGAAGUCAAUCGUCACGUCAGCCAUCCAUGCGCGCGUGAUCUCUUUUGCGUGAAAAUCGAGUGCCACAGCCGA